AUGGCCACGAUCGUCCUGCGAGCUGCUACGACAACGGCAGCGAACAAUAUCUUUGACAAAAGUGCAGCGCCCUCAGAGGCCUCUUACAAUUUCAACUUUUCGCCUUUCUUGCGUGAGAACGCAUUAGCAGCACUAGCAUCCGAAGUCCCAGUGUGCGAGACCUAUGCAUCCAGUGGCCAUUGCCCUCUCGGUCGACGAUGUCCCAAGCGCCAUCCAACCCCCAAUCAAGCCCCGAACCAGCACCACUAUGGUCGUAACAAUGAUAACUACGUCUGUAAACAUUGGUUGAAAGGACUAUGUAAGAAGGGAGACGAAUGCGACUAUCUCCACGAGUACAAUCUACGAAAAAUGAGCGAAUGCCAAUUUUACAACCAGAAUGGAUACUGCCAGAACGGCGAUGAAUGCCUCUACGUUCAUGUAAAAGAGGACUCAAAGCUCCCUGUUUGUGAAGACUACAAUGCUGGCUUCUGCGAGAAAGGUCCUAAAUGUGGUAAGAGACAUGUGCGACGCAAGCUCUCGGUCAAGGGCAAGCCAGCCGAAGAUGAUCGAAGACGCAGAGUCGAGGAUUUGGAGAGAAGGGAGGAAGAAAACAAGAGAGAUUUCCGGGGGAGGGGUGGAAAAGGCGGUAGAUGGAGAGACAGAAAGCGACGGAACCCAUGA